GCCGAAGUUCGAGGAUUGGCGUAGGACUAGAAGAAAAGAAGGUCGUGGUUGUUCUCCUCUUUCAUACCCCAGCGGAGAGGAACUAUUGCAUUUGCUCUAAAGCGCCAGUGCAGAAACAGGCGGCCUAAUGGGUGAUUCCGACGAUGAUUUGCUGCUCAAGAAAUUCUUUGCUGAAGUUGGUGAAGUCGAAAGGGACAACGAGGUCCUCAGGAUCCUUUCAUGCUUCAAAUUAAAUGCAUUUGAGUUUCUUAACCUGCCAUUUGAUUCAUCUUUGGAGGAUGUGAAAAAGCAAUACCGCAAGUUAUCUUUGCUUGUUCACCCUGAUAAAUGCAAGCAUCCACAAGCAAAGGAGGCAUUUGGAGCAUUGGCCAAGGCCCAACAAAUAUUACAUGAUCCGCAAGAAAGAGAAUAUCUUCUCAGCCAAGUUAAUGCAGCAAAAGAAGAACUUCGAGCUAAGAGGAAGAAGGAAUUGAAGAAAGACAAUGCGUCAAAGAUAAAGUCGCUGGUUGAUGAGGGGAAAUAUGAACAGCAGUAUGAGCAAUCAGAAGAGUUUCAGCAGCGAUUAAAACAAAAGGUGCGAGAGCUGUUAACAGAACAAGAAUGGCGUAGGAGAAAAAUGCAAAUGAGGAUAUCAGAAGAGGAGGGUAGAUUGAAGAAGGAUGAGGAAGAAACAAAAGAAAUGUGGAAAAGAAAACGGGAGCAUGAGGAGCAAUGGGAAGGGACAAGAGAGAAAAGGGUAUCCAGCUGGAGAGAUUUCAUGAAGACAGGAAAAAAGGGUAAGAAAGGGGAAAUUCGACCCCCAAAGCUGAAGACAGAAGACCCCAACAAAUCAUAUGUCCAAAGACCGGUGAAGCGAGGGUAAAAGGAACUUAGAUUUAUUUAUUGUCAUCGAUAAACUGCAGCAGUGUUUCAGAAGGUAGGGAAGUUGUGUAGGCCAAAGAUGAUCUCUCCACCUUAGUGGUGAAAGAAACCUAUGGGGCGAGGGUUCUGAUCUUAAGAGGGAUGGUACACUAGAAAAGAGAACUCUGUUGUAAGGCAAAUUGUAUAACCAGUCGUUUAU